AUGUGUUAUGCUAGUGGAUAAGAUUUCUAGCAUGAAAUUUUAAUUAGCAAAAUUCGUGAAAACAACCACCCUUAAUUUCACAAUCAAUCUUAUGAAAUGAUAAUGGCUUCAGCCUUGAUGCAUUUGAGCGCAUUGGUUGUCAUUUGCCAUCAUCCUUUCCCUUGCUUGUGCUUGGCAAAGCUUUUCAGAAGGAUGAUCCUGUUGGACAACGUAUUUAAAAGCAACCUUUCUGGGAUUAGUUCCGACCCUAAUUUUAGCCAUAUUUAUUUUGACUAACAAAAGCAACCGUUGAUUCAGAUAAUGCUUACAGCCGGAAGAGAAACGUCCACACUGACCACUGAAUGGGCUAUGUUGCUUUUACUGAAUCACCCGAAGGCACUACAGAAACUAAGGACUGAGAUUGACAACAGCGUAGGACAUGGAAGGCUGGUGGAUGAAUCUGAUAUUCCAAAGCUUCCCUAUCUUCGUUGUGUUGUCAAUGAGACAUUGAGACUGUACCCCGCGGCACCACUUCUGAUACCUCAUCAUGCAUCUGAAGACUGCCGAGUCGGGGGGUAUGAUAUUCCAAAAGGUACGAUUGUUUUAGCUAAUGCAUGGGCCGUGCAUAGGGAUCCAAAACUCUGGGAGGAGCCUGAGAAAUUCAUGCCAGAAAGAUUCGAAGGGAAGGGAUUAAUGGAUAAAGAAGAGUUCAAUUCCAAGUUUUUACCAUUUGGGAUAGGGAGGAGAGCUUGCCCCGGAGCCAAUCUAGGCAUUCGGAAUGUCUCAUUGGCAGUGGGUACAUUCAUCCAGUGUUUUGAUUGGGAUAAAGUUGAAGAGGAUGGUGAAUUGGACGUUAACUUUAGCAACAGAAUCACUCUGAAGAAGGCUAACCAUUUGGAGGCCAUAUGCGCUCCACGCCAGGAAUCAAUCCAACUUCUCUCUCAACUUUGAAAGCCAACUAGAAGCAGUGAAUUGUGGUAGCAGAAGCUAUCAUGUUGUUAUCAUGAAGUGGCAGGCAAGACUAUUCUUAAUUAUUGUACUAGAACUUAGCCAUCCUUUGUGUAUAAAAUCUUUAUUUCUGUUUACAACUAA